AUGGGGGCCCUCAGAAGGAUGCUCUUUCACGUUGGAGAAGAGCCCUGGGCUGCCUCUGUGAGGCAGGCUGGGGGCCAGCGGGGUGUUGGUCCAAAGAAAGGAGGUGCCCUGGCCAACGGGAGAAACCGGGCGACUAUCGGGGUCACAAGCAAAUGGCUCUUCUCAAAGAAAGUUUCAGGGAAGACUGAACUAGGCCGCGCUCAUUGGAGGGAGCGGUCUGGGGGCGGGGUAGGGGCGGGGCGGGCCCGGGUCCUGACAGAGCGCGCCGGCGGCGGAGCCGAGCGGAGCGGGCGCCCGACCCGGGUUGCGGCCGGCGCGGGCGGCGCGGCCGGCGCGGGCGUCGCAGGAGGCGGAGGGCCGGGCGCCGCGGGGCCUGAGGGGGCCCGUGUCGGCGUGGGGGGCGGCCGCUCCCGGGCAGUGCCGGCUCCCACGGGGCGGCCGCUCCGGGACGGCGUCUGUCAGCGCUCCUCGUCCUCCUCGGCGGGGCCGCACACCCGGCGCCGCGGCCCGUCAGCUGUCAGGGGGCGGCGGGCUGCGCGGGACACAAAGAACGCGCGGGCGGCCGGUGCGGGACGACUGCGCCUCCCAGCCGCGCCCGCCCGCCAACCGGUCCCUACCCGACGGCUCCGCCGCCCCGCGCCCGCCCGGGAGCUCGUCGUCCGCGGCCGCGGGGCCGGGAAAAGUUUGCGGCGCGUCCGCUGGGGGCCCGACCAGCGGGGACUCCGGGGCGCGUCGUCGGCGGGACCGCGGGGCUGCAGCUGCGCGACUAUCGCGCCCUCCCGAUUCCGAACCGGGCUCGGUUCGCGGUUCUUCCUGGGCCUCAGCGCGCGGGGCCAGAUCACGAAGCGCCGGGCGGGGACCUUGAGGUGCGUCCGGAGCCACCCUUCAGCCCCCCGAGAAGGAACUUGUCAGCCGCAUGUUUUCAGACAUGCAUAUGUGAAGGUCGCUCUCAGUGAAAAAUCCAUUACCCAUCACUUCUAUUUAAAGCGCCUUACGACUUGGCCAGCUUUGGCGGCACCACUAGAAGUUGUAGGGCCAAGCUGGGUACAGAGCCAGGCUCAAGAUGAAGUGGCAGGUGCCCCAGCAGCCCCUUCAUGCCCUCCGGACUCAGUUUAGGGGGAAGCCAGGGCUUCGGUUAUACAUGGGAGAGAGUAAACAGGACAGCUGCUUUGUGUUGUUUUCGUGUAUUGCUUCUUCUUUCUGCUGAAAACUUCCUUGUGGGGUCCCAGGGGGAGCGAAUUCUAGUUUUUGACAUAGAAGGAAAAGAAAUUGUCACUUACAACCAAAGUAAAUCUUAAAUUAAUGUAAAUCUUCCUUACAGGAACAGUAACACACAAUGCAAGUACAUCUUGAUCUAAUUUUAAUGAAGGAUUGAAAAUAGCUGCUGUGUUCAGUAUCACUGACGCCAAAACGGCUCACUUACAUAAUCUUCUUUGUUAGAAUGUGUUAGUGGCAUGUAUAAUUUUGAUAAAUGAUUAAUGUUAAAGGUUUGGUCUGGCAAUGGUAUUGAAAUAACGUCUUGACCGGUUGUGUUGCAAUACAGUGCAGUGUGAACUUUCGGUUAUCUUGAUAACCUGUAUUUUUUCCAUACAAAGUGAAAUCAAACAUUUUCCCUAACCAGAAUUCUUUCCACUAUGAAAUGUAGACUUAUCAGUACUGAAUACAGGAGAAAUUAUUUUGUUCUCUCAGUGAUAAAUUCCUCCAGUUUUCUUACCAUUCAAGCAGUGCCUUCUAGAGGCCAGGUGCUCUGCUGGACAUUUUUUCUGUUCAUGGAGUUUAUAAUAACAAAAGUUGAUUUUUAAAAAAUGUGAAUGCAUAAAUGCCGAUACUCAACAAAUAUUUGCUGAAUAAAAUGCCAGGCACUCAGAUAAAAACAAUUAGAAAUUCUUCUUGCCCAUCCUUAAAGAAAAGUAUUAUCGUGCUUUAGGGGAAAGAAAGAAGGUAUCAAAGAAAGAUCUGGCAGAAAGACUGAGCUUAAUUCCAGUAUGUAGCCGGAAAGUGUAGAGCUUAAAACAAGGAUACAGAUUUGGAAAGAGACAAAGAACAUCGAUAGGGUUUCUAGGAGAAAGAUAGCAAUAUUGAUGUAACAUAAUACAUUUUAUGACGUAGCUGUCUUUGAAGAACACAAACCUGUGAAAAAGUGUGUUUCUUAAAUAAUCAGUAGCUGUUUGCCUUGUGACUGAAUGUCUAAAUGCCCUAAUCUUGUCCUUAAUAUUUCACUUGAGUGCUGUCUGCUUUUUAAACUCAUUUUUUAAAUAGCAUGAAGUAAACC